CAAAAUAUUUUUCAUUUAAACCCGCCAUGUUUGAACACAUUUACACUAGCUGGCUAAAGAAAAACCUAUUUCUUCUGUCCGUUCCUGAACCAACCCAUCCCCACACUUAAAUUUCUUUCCCCCUGUCUUCUACACCUUCUUCAGUCUCUAAAUUGGAAUGAAUACAAUAAAUACGACACGACGCCGUUUCCUUUAAUCGAUAAUAUAGCGUUCCAGUAUUCCGUAAUUCAUUUGAUUGAUUGAUUAUUAUAGUAUCUGAAGUCAAACUGAACAUUCUACAUGACGACGAUUCAUCUACAACAACCUUUAUUACAAUCAGAAGCUCCUCCACUAGCCGAAAACAAAAACACCCGCCAAGGAGAUGCAGGCGCGGCUUUCGUGCUUGAAUCAAAAGGUGAAUGGUAUCAUGCCGGGUUUCACCUUACUACGGCGAUAGUUGGACCUACUAUACUUACGUUGCCGUAUGCGUUUAGAGGGUUAGGAUGGGGACUUGGUUUCUUUUGUCUAACGGUUAUGGGGGUAGUCACGUUUUACUCUUAUUAUCUCUUGUCCCUGGUUCUUGAGCGCUGCGAAAGGGAGGGGCGACGCCAUAUUCGUUUUCGGGAACUUGCUUCUGAUGUAUUAGGAUCUGGUUGGAUGUACUAUUUUGUAAUUUUUAUACAAACGGCCAUUAACACUGGCAUAAGUAUAGGAGCCAUCUUGCUUGCGGGGGAAUGCCUUCAGAUAAUGUAUACGAGUGUUUCUCCUGAUGGACCCCUUCAUCUAUGGGAGUUCAUAGCAAUGGUGACAGCUGUCAUGAUAGUUCUGUCUCAGUUGCCAACGUUUCAUUCCCUUCGACAUGUAAACUUGGCUUCACUUUUCUUAAGUUUGGCCUACACAUUCAUUGUUGUUGGUGCUUGCCUUAAUGCGGGCCUAUCAAAAAAUGCACCCCCAAGAGAUUAUUCGUUAGAAACUUCAAAAUUUUCCAUGGUUAUGAGUGCCUUCACUUCCAUCUCUAUAAUCGCUGCCAUAUUUGGAAACGGAAUUGUACCUGAGAUACAAGCUACGUUAGCACCACCAGUAACCGGGAAGAUGUUUAAAGGGCUAAUGAUGUGUUACUCCGUGAUUUUCGUGACUUUUUACUCUGCUGCAGUUUCUGGGUACUGGGUGUUUGGCAACAAAGCUAGCUCAAACAUUCUUAAGAGUCUCAUGCCAGAUGAGGGACCUGCCCUAGCUCCAACUUGGCUUCUAGGACUUGGAGUUAUUUUUGUUCUUCUUCAACUCUUUGCCAUUGGCCUGGUUUAUUCUCAAGUCGCGUAUGAGAUCAUGGAAACAAAAUCGGCAGAUGUGAAUCAAGGGAUGUUCUCAAAACGAAACCUAAUCCCAAGAAUAAUUCUCCGAACACUCUACAUGAUAUUUUGUGGAUUUUUUGCUGCAAUGCUACCAUUUUUUGGAGACAUUAAUGGGGUUGUUGGAGCCCUUGGUUUCAUUCCAUUGGAUUUUAUUCUACCAAUGCUUCUAUACAACAUGACUUACAAGCCGUCAAAAACUUCAUUCACUUAUUGGAUUAAUGUUGGUAUUAUGGUUGUUUUUACGGGUGUUGGCUUGCUGGGUUCCUUCUCUUCUUUAAGGAAGCUGAUUCUUGAUGCUAGUAAGUUCCAGCUGUUUAGUGAUGAUGUGGUUGAUUGAAGACGAAUUAGACUCGACUUCUUGAAAGUAGAAAGGCAACACAUGUUGUACAACUCGUAAUGCAGGAAACAUAUAUCCUGGUCAGCAGAACCUUGAAUUAACUGCUCAACAUACACAUAUUUAUGUCACUGGUGGUUUCUCUUUUGAUUACGCACUUGGGUUAUAAAUCAACUUGAAAUUAUGAAAUAUCUGAGUGGUAAAAAAAGGAGCCAUACCAGGAAUAGUAGGUGUUGCAAAGUAAAGGGCUUAUAGGCCUAAAAACUUUGAAUGAUCCAAUAAUGAAUGUUUAUGCAAUACUGCAAUUAUGCGUAAGUUUUUUUUUUCUUUCCAUUCUUACUUAUUUUUAAAGAAAUGGGUACAUCAACCCAUUUGAUAUAUGUAAAUUAUCAUAGGCAUAUAGGCGCCUUACGUUGAUCACUCUAAUAAAACAAUGUACUGAAAGAGGAGUUGGGCGAUUCGA